AUGAACGGUUGCUGGACGAGAGUUUUAUCUGCAGUCUUCGCAACGCUGUUUCUGGCGGCUGUUACUCUCAAAACACCUUACCCAGGAAAUGACCCCUACAGAUGCCGUGCUGUCCAGAAUACAGGUCGAUGGAUAGACCCUGUGCGAGACGAACAAGGAAAUCGAGAUCCAUUCCGCCAGUGGCAGCCUGACGGAUGUAUUUUGAGUCAAUAUGGGUCAGGAGACAUUCGAAGAUGUAUGGAAGGUCGGAAAAUAUUCCUGUCUGGAGAUUCGACGUCGCAGAAUGUUGCACGUGCCAUGGGAAACAUGCUUGACAGCAAGCAAUUCAAGAAAAUCGACUCGAGAAAGGGAGUCCCGAGAAUCCAAUUAUACAAUACAACCUACCACGGACAAAAGAUCCAACGUCUGGCCAACAACAUCGACAAAUACACAGAAGAGAGACACAACAUACCAUCCAUCAAGGACCAGCAAGGCCCCGCGUUAAUCUACAUCUCAGCAGGCGCAUGGUUUACUCAUCCUCACGUUCUCAAAUCGUGCAACGAGACCAACGUGACUGACCCAUGGGACAAGCGCUAUGGACUUUUCAGAAAUCAUGUCGUCAGUCUUAAUAGGUUCAUUGGCGACAACAUCCCGGAUCAUGACCCCUUCAGAGCCCCAAUGGAUCCCUAUGACGGCAUCGGCAAUCUGAUUCUGUACGCGCCGCCAGCUGGACCGCGAUAUCUAGGUGAUGACCCUGCUCAGCAGGUAGAUCGAGACCGAAGGGCGAAUGAAGUUUUCGAGAUGCAGCAGUGGCUCCAAGAACACGAAGGCAAUCUGAGCAUCCCUCUUGUGUGGUCGAUACCUGGAGUUGUUGCAGGUCAAGACAAGAUCUGGCGCGACCCCUUACGCUCAGGCUUUCACGUCAAGUUUCACGUCGCCGAAUUACGGGCCAACAUUCUUUUCAACAUGCGGUGCAACGCGAAGCUUGAUAGAAUGAUGCCUUACCCAUACUCACGUACUUGCUGUACGGACUAUGGUAUCAAGCCCUCCACACAAACAACUUUAGUUGGAUUAGGCUUGAUGUACUUGACUAUCUGCGUCUUCUGUGAACUCUUUCACAUUUUUACCAAUCGACCGCAGGAUUAUUCCCAUCGGAGCUUGUUCAACAUGCGAACGGGAUGUCUUGUACUGACUCUGCUCAUGUGCUACUACGCCGAUCGCACGCAGAUGAUGGCCAAGGGAAGUAAGCUGUGGCAGUUGGGCGACUUUGUCGCUCUAUGUUUGCCGUGUAUCGCGAUUUGUCUUUCUACCAUCCGACGUUCAGACCCCCCUUGGAAUUUAUCAUUCACACAGUCAAAUACGGACCAGCCUUUUCUAUCUCCGGAUCAGAUUGACGAAUGGAAAGGGUGGAUGCAGGUCUUCAUCCUGAUAUACCACUGGGCCGGAGCUCAGGGAGGCUUGAUACACGUCCUUGUUCGUCUUUGCAUGGGCGCUUAUGUCUUCCAAACUGGUUACGUCCAUACCCUUGACUUUAUGAACGAGAAAGACUUUUCCUUCAACCACGCGGCAUCGACUCUUCUUCGACUCAAUAUCCUGCCAUGUUUACUCGCAUACUUCAUGGAUACUGAAUACAUGGCUUACCACUUUUCACCGCUCCUGUCAUUCUGGUUCCUAGUCGUCUACGCAACCAUGGCAAUCGACAGCGGACACAACAACGAAUUGCAAUUCUUGCUAGUCAAGAUAUGCGUUUCGUGUAUGAUUAUCUCUAUCGUCUUUCUCGCUACACCGUUCACGAGCUGGACGUUUUAUAUCUUUCAGGGUAUAUUCAAGAUACAGUGGAGUGCCGAGGAAUGGCAACGCAGCGUCACGCUAGACUUGUUUAUAGCGUAUGUUGGGAUGCUGGCCGCCGUCAUUGGCCGAGAGAUGAAGAAGGGCGAGGUUUCAGUUCGUUUGGGACUUCGCGUAUGCCUUGUCUUUGGGGGUCUGUUCUCAAUCUUGCAUUAUCUGUCUUUCACUUCAAACAUCACGGAAAGUUCGUACAUGAAGUGGCAUCCUUAUGUUUCCGUCAUUCCGAUCUUGGGUUUCGUCAUGUUACGCAAUAUUCCAUGGUCUGCGAGGAAUUAG